UUUAGCGCCUGGUGUGAAGGAGAGGAGGCCUUCCCAAACCCACUGGUUAAAGGACACCCUGUGGGCCCGGUGCCCAUCCUGGCCCUACUCGGCCCCACCCCCACCUCUUUGAUGGAGCUCCUCCCACACACGGUCCUAAGAGUUAGAUCUCCGGGGGCCAGCGCGCCUCCAAGCGUUCGCGCACGUGCAAUGGGUGCCUCCUUGAGAGGCGGGGUCGCUCUCGGAGCCAAUGAGAGCUCAAGGGGGCGUGGAAGGCAGGGAAUCUUCCAGAGGCAGAGAAGCCCAAGGGAAGUUCUAAGGAAGGUACUGGCACACAGACCUAGCAGAGGGCUAUGCAGUCCAAAAGGGAGUGUGAGGUAAGUAAUUAAAGACCUAAGGGGUCCUUGGGCCCCGCCUACAUGAGGAGCGGUUACAGUGACCCCAAUGUCCCAGGCGAGGUGGUGCUGGGCCUGUGAUGCGCCAUUCCAACCUACCUUUUUCCUCCAGCAAUGGUGUGAACGGGUGAACCCAGAGAACAAGGCAGCCCUGGAGGCGUGGGUAAGGGAGACUGGCAUCCGCCUGGUCCAGGUCAACGGGCAAAGGAAGUAUGGCGGGCCACCCCCAGGCUGGGUGGGCAGCCCGCCACCUUCAGGCUCCGAGGUGUUUAUCGGACGGCUACCCCAGGACGUGUAUGAGCACCAGCUGAUCCCACUCUUCCAGCGCGUGGGGCGCCUCUACGAGUUCCGCCUGAUGAUGACCUUCAGUGGCUUGAACCGCGGCUUUGCCUACGCGCGCUACAGCUCGCGGCGCGGUGCCCAGGCCGCCAUAGCCACCCUGCACAACCACCAGCUGCGCCCCUCUUGCCAGCUUCUGGUGUGCCGAAGCACCGAGAAGUGCGAGCUGACAGUGGACGGGCUGCCUCCGGGCUUGAACCGCCGCACCCUACUGCUCGCCCUGCAACCGCUGGGUCCCUGCCUGCAGGAGACAUUGCUGCUACCCAGCCCCGGGUCGGCGCCCUCUCAGAUUGCGCUGCUCAAGUUCAGCACACACCGAGCCGCUGCCAUGGCCAAAAAAGCCCUGGUAGAAGGGCAGUCCCGCCUCUGUGGAGAGCAGGUGGCUGUGGAGUGGCUCAAGCCUGACCUGAAGCAGCAUUUCCGCCAGCAGCUUGCAGGUCCCUCACUGCGCUUCCUCCGGCCAGAAGGCAGCCAGCUAGCCCAGAGCAGGGAUAGGCUAGGGUGCCAAGGGGCUCGGGCUGCUCUGCAGCUGCUUUGUCAGCGGAUGAAGCUGGGCAGCCCAGUGUUCCUUACCAAGUGUUUAGGCACAGGGCCUGCUGGCUGGCAUCGCUUUUGGUACCAGGUCGUGAUCCCUGGACACCCGGUGCCUUUCAGUGGCCUCAUUUGGGUUGUGCUGGCCUCUGAAUGGCAGGAUGGGCAUGAGGUGGCCAAGGAUGCUGUGUCUGUACAGUUGCUGGAAACACUGAGUGAGUCUAGAACCAGCUUGUGGUCUCCUGGGGCUGACGCAGGUAUUAUGGUUAGGCAGUGACCCCUCCCCCUCCUCUCUAAGGCAGCCUAAAUGGGUAGGCGGAACCUGUGCUGUCCCCAGCCCAGCAGCCCAGCAGGCCUGGGCAGCCACUACUGGAUCACAAAGCGACAGGGGCCUGCUUACCGCUUCCUUGCUGGGGAAGGACCCCGUCACACCUAAGUGCUACUUUAGUUGUGAGGAACAUUGCCCUUCCCCCUUUGAGCCCAGGCAGGGUCUGAUUGGACCUCUGACCUAGUAUCCUUGGUCACUUCCCAGUUUGACAGAAUUCACCAUACCCACACAAAAAGUUUACUAUGAAUCUUUGUUUUUAUUUGAGCCAAAGGCCCUUCCUCCGCCACUUGCCACUGAUUGGGGCUUGGAUGUCUUUUUUUUUCUAUGUUGGUUGUAUUUAUAUUAAACCCCUGGUUGGUAUACAA